GUGAAAGUCUCUCCGAGGUUUCACCGGGAGAAGAGGAGCGCCGUGGAAAAAGGUUUCAACUUCUGCGGAGGCAGCAGAAGCAAAACUGCAGUCGGGGUGUACGUAACGUACUUCUGCACGCUGUGCGAAAGGACGAAGAAUGCGAGAAAGAAGCGUAAUGCCCUGCUGAAUUUAUUCGGUUGAUUCAAAUCGUAACAACGACGCGCUAUCAAGGGUGUGAUAAAGUCGUGACGCAUUUAUUACACAAUUAAUUAAUAAAAAUAUAAAUAACGAAAGAUAACAAAUGAAUUAAGUGUAACUAUUUGAAGAGACGCGUGAAAAAUAUAAAAAUGAGUUUUUACGAUUGAGAAAGUGGAAAAGUGACCGAUAUAAGUAAAGGUGUUACACAUAUAGGAUUUCACUUGAAAACUAUAGAAAAAGAAAGGAAGGGGUCAAGAAAGAAUCUCCUGAACGGGACAAGUUUGCAUCCCGUGGUAAAAGAAAACUGGAGGAUGCCGGCAGAAACGUCAAUCUAUUGGAGUUCGGUCGACUCUCGAAGAUCGACCUCCGGCAGUUCCGGAAGCGGCGGCGGCCGGCAUUACGUGGACCCGUGGGACCUGGAGAACUAUGCUUAUCUACGUCGGCACAGCGUCGCCGACGUGCCACGCCGUACGCGACGGCCUCCCACGCAUGAACGUUCCUUCCGCGAUGCACCGCGAGCACGCUCGGAAUAUUGGUACGCGUCCUCACCGAGAGAGCCUGAGUACGAUGGUUCUCCGUAUGCGCAGGAAUUAUACCGCGGACCAGUUAGGCCAACAAACAAUGGCUGCUAUUAUCAGCAAGCUAUCUACGAGGACGAGGGAAUGGAUUACGCCGCGCCGCUUCCGGUCUACGCUCCCGUGCUCGAAAUUUCUAGAGUCCCGCCGCAAGAAGAAAGAAACUUAUCACAUGCGAUUUACGACGACAGAUACAUGAUAGAGACGAUGCCACCGCCGCAUAUUGAUUUAAACACGUAUGGUCACUUGAAGAUUGACUACACAAACAGCUGGAACUCUCUCAAUCGUCGAAUUAGCAAAUAGAAAACUGGGUUCAUGAACAAGAGAUGAAUUCCAGUACGCAAUAUUUUUUUCUCAAAUUCAAUGUGUGGACAUUCUGAAAAAGAUAUUAUUUAUAUACCAAAAUAUGUUACAUAAAUAAUUCUGCUAAUCAUAUAAUCCUUACACAGUUAAAACUAAGAGGAAAAUAUUCGCAGCAAAUUACAUUACUUAUUUCCUCGCGUUUAUUUCACUUAUUUAUUGUCUAUUAACUCUUUACUUUAUGUUUAUUAAGGUAUUAUGUAUUAUAUAUUAGUUAUAUCUGUUUCAUAUUGUCUUCCAUGAAAUAUUUUACAUAUAAAAUAAAAUAUUAAUAAAUUAUUUACACAAGAAAAUCUACACGCGAUAUAUACAUACACGUGUACCUUAGUAUGAUACCAAAGAAAACAAAUUGUAUCAGA